AUGAUUAACUUCUUGUUGCUAUUUAGUCGUCAAGGGAAAGUACGGUUACAAAAAUGGUAUUCCUCUUAUACAGAAAAAGAAAAGAAAAAGUAUUUACGUGAAAUCAUAUCCCUUGUGUUUGCGAGGAAACCAAAAAUGUGUUCUUUUCUUGAAUGGCAAGAUCUAAAGAUAGUUUAUCGAAGAUAUGCAAGCCUUUAUUUCGUAUGUGCCAUCGACCAAACUGAUAAUGAGUUGAUUACUUUGGAGAUUAUACAUCGUUAUGUGGAAAUUUUAGAUAAAUAUUUUGGGAAUGUCUGUGAAUUAGAUAUAAUCUUUCAUUUUGAAAAGGCGUACUUUGUAUUGGAUGAAUACUUACUAGCUGGUGAAGUUCAAGAAACAGGAGCGAAAGAAAUCCUUUCUGUGAUAGAUGCACAAGAUAUUAUUCAAGAAGAUGAGGUUCCACAGAAGCUUUUUGAAGAUCAGAGUCUUAACUAA